GGGCCGCGGGACGCACCGCUGGGCCGGGCCGGGGAGGGACCACGGGCCAAGCCAGGGAUCAAUUGGGAGCCUUUCCUGGCGCGGAGAGGGAUGGCGCGGAGGGAGGAAGGGGCUGGCGAUUCCAGGGGACGCCAGGAAAAGGAAGUUCCGGGACCCUCCCUGCUCUCGGCCCACCGCCGCUUCCUGCCUCAUGCCUCACCUUGUCCCCAGCGCCAGGACUCCCCCUAACUGCUUGGGAAAUGUGACCUUUACUCCGGGGGGCCUGGCCCUGCAGCCCCAGCCUUCCUUCAUCCCUGGGGACCCCCUUGAGCUUCUAACCCAAUCUUCCCAGGCCAGACUCUGGAAGCUGGCUCUUGGGACUGUGCCCUGGGCACAAGUGGGCACUUGCACCAGCCCCACCUGUGCCUGGGCUGCGGCCCUUCCCUACAGGGCGCUCACCAUGGCCCCACCACUACUGCUGCUGCUGCUGGCCAGUGGAGCGGCUGCCUGUCCGCUACCCUGCGUCUGCCAGAACCUAUCCGAGUCCCUCAGUACCCUUUGUGCCCAUCGAGGCCUGCUGUUUGUGCCACCCAACGUGGACCGGCGCACAGUGGAGCUGCGGCUAGCUGACAACUUCAUCCAGGCCCUGGGACCACCUGACUUUCGCAACAUGACUGGGCUGGUGGACCUGACGCUGUCUCGGAAUGCCAUCACCCGCAUUGGAGCCCGCGCCUUUGGGGACCUGGAGAGCCUGCGAUCCCUACACCUGGACGGCAACAGGCUGGUGGAGUUGGGCAGCGGCAGCCUGCGGGGGCCUGUCAACCUGCAGCACCUCAUCCUCAGUGGCAACCAGCUGGGCCGCAUCGCGCCAGGGGCCUUCGAUGACUUCCUGGACAGCCUGGAGGACCUGGACCUGUCCUACAACAACCUCCGACAGGUGCCCUGGGCCGGCAUCGGCGCCAUGCCGGCCCUGCACACUCUCAACCUGGACCACAACCUCAUCGACGCGCUGCCCCCGGGCGCCUUUGCACAGCUUGGUCAGCUCUCCCGCCUCGACCUCACCUCCAACCGCCUGGCCACGUUGGCGCCCGACCCGCUCUUCUCCAGGGGGCGCGACGCGGAGGCCUCGCCGGCUCCGCUGGUGCUGAGCUUCAGCGGGAACCCGCUGCACUGCAACUGCGAGCUGCUGUGGCUGCGGCGGCUGGCGCGGCCGGAUGACCUGGAGACCUGUGCCUCCCCACCCGGCCUGGCUGGCCGAUACUUCUGGGCAGUGCCUGAGGGCGAGUUCUCGUGUGAGCCGCCCCUCAUUGCCCGCCACACGCAGCGCCUCUGGGUGCUGGAGGGACAGCGGGCCACGCUGAGGUGCCGGGCCCUUGGUGACCCUGCACCCACCAUGCACUGGGUUGGCCCCGACGACCGGCUGGUUGGCAACUCCUCCCGAGCCUGGGCCUUCCCCAACGGAACCCUGGAGAUUGGGGUGACAGGCGCUGGGGACGCAGGAGGCUACACUUGUAUCGCCACCAACCCUGCUGGUGAGGCCACUGCCCGAGUAGAGCUCCGGGUGCUGGCCUUGCCCCAUGGCGGGAACGCCAGUGCCGAGGGGGGCCGCCCAGGGCCCUCAGACAUUGCUGCCUCUGCUCGAACUGCUGCUGAGGGCGAGGGGACUCUGGAGUCUGAGCCAGCUGUGCAAGUGACAGAAGUGACUGCCACCUCAGGGCUGGUGAGCUGGGGCCCUGGGCGGCCAGCUGACCCUGUGUGGAUGUUCCAAAUCCAGUACAACAGCAGCGAAGACGAGACCCUCAUCUAUCGGAUCGUCCCAGCAUCCAGCCAGCACUUCCUGCUAAAGCACCUGGUGCCGGGUGCUGACUACGACCUCUGCCUGCUGGCCCUGUCACCUGCCACUGGACCCUCUGACCUCACGGCCACCAGGCUACUGGGCUGUGCCCACUUCUCCACACUGCCAGCCACGCCCUUGUGCCAUGCCCUGCAGGCCCAUGUGCUGGGCGGGACCCUGACUGUGGCUGUGGGGGGGGUUCUGGUGGCUGCCUUACUGGUCUUCACUGUGGCCUUGCUGGUUCGGGGCCGGGGAGCUGGGAACGGCCGCCUCCCCCUCAAGCUCAGCCACGUCCAGUCCCAGACCAAUGGAGGUCCCAGCCCUACCCCCAAGAGCCACCCACCGAGGAGCCCCCCACCCCGCCCCCAGCGCAGCUGCUCCCUGGACCUGGGAGAUACAGGCGGGUGCUACGGGUAUGCCAGGCGCCUGGGAGGGGCCUGGGCCCGGAGGAGCCACUCUGUACAUGGGGGGCUGCUUGGGGCUGGGUGCCGGGGUGCGGGAGGCAGUGCAGAGCGGCUGGAGGAGAGUGUGGUGUGACAGGAGGGCGGCUUGUGCCCUGAGGAAUGAGCAGCGAGGCCAGGGGCCCAGGGCAGUGGCCACCUGGCCCAGUGAGCAGCACUGCCAGGGGCCUCUCCCUGGUUUUUAUCCUUGGUACCUCAGGCUUCCCAUGUACUUGGAGGGACAGGAGCCCUUCCCUUGGUUCUGACCUCCAGACUGGGGUAAAGGGACAGAUCCCUCUGACAGGUGCUCAGAGCCACCAAGGCAGGGGUUGCAGCCACCAAGUGGGCGUCUUGUUUCUAUUUAUAAUAAAAUUGUUGGGGACACCUCA